AUGGCUAAACAACUGAACUGGGCCGAGAAGUUCUAUCUUUUCACCUACAACGUCCUAUUGUUCGUUAUGCAUUUCAUUGCGCUCAUCGACAUUUCUCAAGAGCGAUGGAAAGGAACGUUCAACUACUCGCACCAUCAUCAAUUCGUUGUGAUCUGCACCGUUCUUCAAUUCGGCGAUGUUCUUCACGCGAAGCUUGGUUUGACGAGCACCCAUAUCCCAACGGCCAUCUUACAGAUUGUUGGCCGCUUGUUGGUAUUGGUGACCGCCAAGUCGAGCAGCUCGCUUUACACAGUCCCAACCUCAUUCUUCCUCCUUGUUGCUUACUUGUCGAUCGAGUGCAUCCGCUAUCCAUACUAUGCCCUUAAGAUCUUCAAGUAUGACAGCAUCGCUGUGUCGUGGCUUCGUUACAACGCCUGGAUCGUCUUCUACCCAAUUGGAUUCAUUUGUGAAGCUGCUACGUUCUUCAACGCGCUUACCGAUCACUAUCAGACUGGAGCCAUGCUGUGGAAGAAGCCAUUCGGACUGCCGAUCAAUUUUGAUUUCUCGAUUUUGGCCGCGAUUGCCUUGUUCUUCACUUUCCCAAUCAUCGUCAACACUUUGCUCAAGCAUAUGGUGAACCAGAGAAACGCCAAGAAUCGUGCCAUUGCCAAAAAGAUUCGCUAA